AUGGUUGCCAAUGGAUAUAAGCAGAACAAUGCUGACCACACAUUGUUUGUUAAAAGAGUGGGACAGCAUAUCACUAUUUUGAUUGUAUAUGUAGAUGAUAUAGUGAUUACCGGAAGUGAUACACAAGAAAUUCAGAAGUUGAAGACCUACUUGGGUACUGAGUUUGAGGUCAAAGACUUGGGCACAUUGCGAUAUUUCUUGGGAAUACAGGUUGCCUAUUCAGCCAAAGGUAUAUCUCUUUCCCAGAGAAAGUAUACUCUUGAUUUAUUGAGUGACACUGGGAUGCUUGGCUGUAAACCUGUCGAUACACCUCUGAAACCCAACACACAUUUGAAAAAUAUUGCAUUUGCAGUGAGUGUAGUUAGCCAGUUUAUGCUUAAUUCUCACUCUUCUCACUUGGAAGCAGCAUACCGGAUUCUAAGGUACCUGAAGUCCUCUUUUGGUAAAGGAGUUCUAUAUUCCUCACAUAGUCAUCUCCGAGUGGAAGCUUAUACUGAUGUAGAUUGGCAUGAUAGAAGGUCCACUUCUAGAUAUUACACCUAUGUUGGAGGUAACUUAACUACUUGGAGAAGCAAGAAGCAGGCAAUGGUAGCUCGGUCAAGUGUAAUAGCUGAGUUUAGAACCAUAGCACAAGGCAUCUGCGAACUUCUCUGUCUCAAGGGGCUUCUUCAAGAUCUUGGAAU